AUCAAGGCCCAGACCACUGCGUUCUUGCAGGGCGUUUCGUCUGUGAUUGAUUUAGACUGGUUGCUAAUGUUUGAUUGCCACGAGUUGCAGAUCCUUGUAGCUGGAGAUGAAGGCGAGAUCGACAUCGAAGAUCUAAGGCGUAAUACUAUUAUAGUACUUUUAGACUUUACAGAAGAUCAUCCGGGUAUCCAUAUGUUCUGGUCAGUAGUCAGAUCUUUUACAGAAGAACAGAAGAAAAAGUUGCUUAAAUUUGUCACGAGCUGUUCUCGACCGCCUCUGCUUGGAUUUAAAGACCUGUAUCCUUCGUUUUGCAUUCAGUUAUUGCCUAAUGUGAAUAACAGGCUUCCAACAUCUGCAACUUGCAUGAAUCUGCUGAAGUUACCUUAUUUCAACGAUGAGCAGACAUUGCGGGAGAAAUUACUUUAUGCCAUUGACUUCGAUUCUGGUUUCGAGCUUAGUUGA